UAUACAUACACACAAGUUUUUACUUCUUCCCAUAUUCAAGUCCAGGAAAAGACUAUAGCUCAAGCGUCAAACUCAGCUUGUGGACUAUAUUUAGAGACAGCAUUUACAAUAAUAACCGGGGCAGCCUAGAGUUAUCAUUUCAUGAAGAAAUGGCGAAGAAUAAAAAAAUAGAGGCGAGGGGGCUUUGGAAGAGUAAAAGUGAAUUCCUUCUGGCAGUAGCAGGAGACAUAGUGGGUUUAGGCAAUGUUUGGAGAUUCCCCUACCUUUGCUACAGGAAUGGAGGAGGGGUGUUUUUGGUGCCCUACUUGGUGCUUGCUGUGACCUGUGGUUUGCCCCUAUUCCUUCUGGAAACGGCUAUGGGACAGUACACACAAGAAGGGGGCAUCACAUGCUGGCGAAAAAUCUGCCCACUUGCUGAGGGUGUUGGCUAUGCAUCCCAGGUGAUUCAACUGUAUGGCUGCAUGUGCUACAUCAUAAUCCUGGCCUGGGCAUUGCUCUAUUUGGUUUUAUCCUUUAAGUCCCCACUGCCGUGGGCCAGCUGUGACAACACCUGGAACACAAACAGCUGUAUUACUGCUGGAAAUAAUGACAACUGGACAGGUCAGGGCAACUCCACUUCAUCAGCCACUGAGUUUUGGGAACGAAGAGUGCUUAAUAUCUCUAAAGGUAUUGACGAAGUUGGUAACAUCAACUGGGAGAUUCUCCUGUGUCUAAUCGCAAUGUGGAUUGUAUGCUAUUUCUCUAUAUGGAAAGGAGUCAAGUCCACUGGAAAGGUGGUGUAUGUCACAGCCACAUUCCCUUACGUGAUGCUGUUGGGGUUGCUGAUUCGUGGGCUGACUCUGCCUGGAGCCAUGCAGGGUGUGAUUUUCUACCUCUAUCCUGACUUCCAGCGACUGUUGGAACCUCAGGUAUGGAUGGAGGCAGCCAGUCAAAUUAGCUACUCUUAUAGUAUAGGUGUGGGAAUCUUGACUGUGCUAGGCAGCUACAACCAAUACAAUAACAACUGCUACAGGGACUGCUUUUGGUUGUGUCUGCUAAACAGUGGCACUAGUAUUGUAGCAGGAUUUGCAGUAUUCUCAGUUCUGGGCUUCAUGGCUCAUGUGCAAGGCGUUCCUAUAGAGCAUGUGGCUGAGUCAGGUCCUGGCCUAGCUUUCGUGGCUUAUCCUCAGGCAGUGGCUUUGAUGCCUUUACCUCAGUUUUGGGCUGUGUGCUUCUUCAUUAUGAUUAUUCUUCUUGGUCUGGAUACACAGUUUCUUGCGAUGGAGGUGAUCAUUACAUCGGUGACGGAUGUGUUUCCUAAAGUGCUACGUAGAACAGGACGCAGAGAGAUCUUCCUGCUUCUUUUCUGUGUUUUCUGCUUCUUGUGCCAACUGGUCAUGGUCACUGAGGGUGGUAUGUACGUGUUUCAGCUCUUUGACUACUACGCCUGUAACGGAUCCUGCAUCUUCUUCCUUUCAGUGUUUCAGUGUCUGGCAGUGGGCUGGGCUUUCGGGGCUGAACGAAUGUGUAACAUCAUUGAAGACAUGACAGGAUCAUACCCUAACAUCAUCUUUAGGCUGUGCUGGAAAUACAUUACCCCAUUUAUUUUGGUGGUAUCAUUCAUAUAUUCUAUGGUGGAGUACCAGCCUUUGACGUUUAAUCGCUGGUACGUGUACCCAGCCUGGGCGUAUGGGCUGGGCUGGUUGAUGGCUUUGUCCUCCAUCAUGCUGGUUCCUGCAUACUCAUUGGUCAGCUUGUGGAAAACAAAAGGGACCCUCAAAGAGCGCUGGUGUCAUCUGUGCAGUCCUGAGAGCAACUCCUCUUUGUCCCAGAAGCAGACAGCUAAAAGACAUUUAGUGACAUCAGCUGUUUGACAAAGCCAGCACGACAAAAGAAUGUACACUACGUUCAGUAUACAAUACUGAAUCAACAGCUCCAUUGUCUUUUCAUAAGCAACUGGAGAAAUGACAUUUGCUAAGUCUGGAGAAAGAAGACAAAUAAAACUCUAUUUACUUUA